UCUUCUUUAUUCAAAAAAAGAGAUUCCCCGUUCACUGCCUUUUUCUGUCAAAUGGGAUUUGCCGGACUGAACCACGUUCGCCGCCCCUCCCUCCUCCCCUCCUCCCGGCCGCGUCGGCCCGGGAAAGCACCGUGGCUCCCAUGCUGUGACCAAUCAGUGCAUCUACUACUCUCGCCGUGAUUUAGGGGUCAUCCAUGAAUAACACUUCACGCUGAUGAAUGGCUCUUGCCGGCUUUCGGCUCUGAUGAGGGGUCUGCCCGCAGCUGAUUGCAAACACUAAUGAACUUACAGCGCCAUCUGAAAUUCACGCGCACCAACAAAGUGCGGGGGGUGGGCAUUUCGGGUCAGCUGAGUCACCCGAGGAGGUGGGAGUGCGAGACACUGCCGGGAAGAUGGAUUCCGGGGCAGAAGGGUGUAAUUAAGGAUUUCCACCCCCGGUGGGCGGCUCGUCCUUUACGGAGCCUCUGAAAAUGACCUGCGCCUUCCCUGCCGGAGUGUCCUCUCGUCCGAGACUGAAAAGCGCGGUGACCUUCGGACGGGGGAGGGCAGCACGAAACACUCAGACUCCCUCAGUAGCCCCAGCUCCGCACUGUCGUAGAACAAGUGUCCGCGCCCGAGUUCAAGUAUGGGGACCUCCAACAAGCGGGACUUGGCCAGGGCGGACCCUGGAGUCCCCGAAAGGCCCCACACCCCACAUUUACUCUUUCUUCCCAUUAUCCCUUCAGAUUAGCUGCCAGACACUACCCCUGCGUCAACUUUGCCGUGGGAGGGAAAAAAGUUUACUGCUCUACACGACACUGCCACUUGCUACUCACUUAAGUUCCCACCAAUACUCUCGCUCCUGGCUCCCCAGCCCCUCCGGGGAGCUUUCUAAGCUGCUCGAAGUUCCGGCCGUUCUGGAAUUUUGGAACAACAAACGCCCGACCUUUGCGGAGUCGCUCUCUGGCUCCGCGGCCCCUGGAACCUUCAGGCACCUUCUGCCCCGGGACCAGGCGGCAGCCGGGUAGGGCGUGCGCGCCUGGGGCGACGAGUGCGCGUGGCCCCCGUGGGGCACCCCAGAGUCCCCCGCCCUCCCCGGGGACCUGUGCAGGGCUAAGAGUCGGCGCCCGGGCCUGCCCAGGGCCAACGCGGACCUGCUCUCAGAAGUGUAGGGAGGGACUGGUGCGCUCCCAGCCUUCUCAUUCCACCUUCCGCUUUGCACUUCAGAGCGGAGGGCGGAGGAUGCCGCCUACCUGUACCUGACUUGACUGGGCCAGGGGGAAAUACACUUGCAUUUGUAACAACAUGCGAACGAGAAACAGAUCAAGCACUCGGAAAACAAGGGCAACGUCUCAACCUUUAUGAUAGUUGCUUCAAA